AUCUCAUUCUCGCCCUCGGCUAUGGCUCGUUUUUUUUGAUGAAUUCAUGGUCGUUCUCUCUGACAACCUUCGACGAAGGAAAAUCUAAUAUCAAAAAGAAUUGGCAUCAAUAGUACCUGUGAAGUAAAUUUCUCGCAUGAUAUACUUAAAAUCAUAUUGUUAAGAAUUAUCAACUUUAUUUCUAAGCCUUCGUGAAGUAAUAGUUUUUGUGAAAUCAAGAUGUCAACUCCUGCAAGACGACGUCUCAUGAGAGAUUUUAAACGCCUUCAAGAGGACCCUCCCACUGGAGUGUCAGGUGCUCCAACUGAUAAUAAUAUCAUGAUCUGGAAUGCUGUUAUUUUCGGACCUCAUGAUACACCAUUUGAGGACGGCACAUUUAAGCUCACUAUUGAAUUUACAGAGGAGUACCCUAAUAAGCCACCCACUGUUCGUUUUGUUUCAAAGAUGUUUCAUCCAAAUGUGUAUGCAGAUGGAGGAAUAUGCUUAGACAUAUUGCAGAAUAGGUGGAGCCCUACGUACGAUGUUUCAGCCAUCUUAACUUCAAUACAGUCCCUGUUAAGUGACCCGAACCCCAAUUCUCCAGCAAACUCAAUGGCUGCUCAGCUCUAUAAAGAAAAUCGAAGGGAGUAUGAGAAGCGUGUAAAAGCAUGCGUGGAACAAUCAUUUAUUGAUUAGUAAUAAUACUUUUGGGAGUCUGCACACUCAUAUUAUACAAAAUAAUAUAAACUCCCUUAGUUGUAAGGGGUGCUACUAAUUCAUUGGGACAAGUGUUCACAAAUAACAAUUACUAUUACCCUACCAAAUACCUUUGCUGUCAGUUUUGGAUUAAAUAAAUACUAUGAACUACUUCAGUGAGUUUGCAUUAUUGAUAUACUAGUAGUUUUGAAAGUUAUUUCUGUAUCACACUAAUUGUAAAGCAAUUGUUCGUAGUAUCUCAAUAAUUGGUAUAGAAAUAUGUUUUAACCGUAGAUCAUUUUCACACUUGACUUAAAUCUCAUUAAUUCACAUUGAACUCUGAUAUAUGUAUUUAUACUGUCAAUUACGUACUUUAUGUAUUUUAAUUAUUAUACUUUGUUGAUCAUUAAAAUAUGUAUUUGAAACUAGUAUAUUUAUUAAUGUAUUGUUCCCCAAUUAAUAUAGUUGAAACAUUAUCAUCUGAAUAAUUUAUUUAUGUAUAUAUGUAUAAGUUUUAUAAAAAAAGCACAUCAUCCGUUAUUACAUAACUUUUCAGUGGCUAUCAAUAACAUAAUAAUUUGAAUUGCUUAUUUAUAACAUGAAAAUUAUAGUAAAGGUAUAUUAUGCAAAAUAUUUUUGUCAUAUUAAAUGUUUUUUUAGUUA